AUGUCCGGCGUGAGGAUCCGUCUGUGGCUAAGCCUCACCCUUCGCUCCUCCCGCAGUUUCUGUAGAAGCCGGUUUGUGGAGGGGCAACCUCAAAAGCCGCCUAAUCCGGCCGUGAUGGAGAAUGGCACCGAGACCUGCGGAGAAGAGCGUCCCUCUGAGGCCCAGGAGGCAAUAGUUGCGGAAGGGGCUGCCAAGAUUGCCUUCCCCAGUGCUAAUGAAGUCUUCUACAAUCCGGUGCAAGAGUUCAACCGAGACUUGACAUGUGCUGUGAUCACAGAGUUUGCUCGCAUUCAGCUUCAGACCAAAGGAAUCCAGAUUAAGGUGCCUGGUGAGAAGGACAUGCAAAAGGUGGUUGUGGACUUGUCAGAGCAAGAGGAGGACAAAGAUGAACUGAAAGAGGCGAAAAACCUGACCCCAAGAGACCAGCCUCGAAUGGUUGCUGUGAGGGAAAUCUGUCAGGAGGGCUUGCGUGUGCUGGAAGGCCUGGCAGCCUCCGGGCUGCGUUCCAUUCGGUUUGCUCAAGAGAUACCUGGUCUGCGAUCUGUGGUUGCCAACGAUGCCUCCUCAAAGGCUGUGGACCUCAUACGCCGCAACAUCGAGCUCAACGAUGUGGCCCACCUGGUACAGCCCAGCCAGGCAGAUGCCCGGAUACUGAUGUACCAGCACCAGAAGGUGUCAGAACGCUUCGAUGUCAUCGACUUGGACCCGUAUGGCAGCCCCUCCACCUUCCUGGACGCUGCAGUGCAGGCUGUGAGUGAAGGAGGGCUGCUGUGUGUGACCUGCACAGACAUGGCAGUGCUGGCGGGAAACAGCGGGGAGACAUGCUACAGCAAGUACGGGGCCAUGGCCCUCAAGAGUCGGGCCUGCCACGAGAUGGCUCUGAGGAUCGUUCUGCACAGCCUCGACCUCCGGGCCAACUGCUACCAGCGCUUCGUGGUGCCCUUGCUGAGCAUCAGUGCCGACUUCUACGUGCGGGUGUUCGUCCGCGUCUUCACUGGCCAGGCCAAGGUUAAGGCCUCAGCCAGCAAGCAGGCCCUGGUCUUCCAGUGUGUGGGCUGCGGGGCCUUCCACCUUCAGCGCCUCGGCCGAGCAUCAGGAACCUCCGGGAACCAGGUCAAGUUCUCUGCGGCCUGUGGCCCCCCCGUGGCCCCUGAGUGUCGACACUGUGGGCAGAGGCACCAGCUCGGCGGCCCCAUGUGGGCAGAUCCCAUCCACGAUCUGGACUUCGUGGGUCGAGUCCUGGAUGCUGUGAGCGCCAACCCCAGCCGCUUCCACACCUCCGAGCGGAUCCGUGGGGUUCUGAGUGUCAUCACCGAGGAGCUCCCUGACGCGCCCCUGUACUACACCCUGGACCAGCUGAGCAGCACCAUCCGCUGCAGUACGCCCAGCCUGCUGCAGCUGCGGUCAGCCCUUCUCCAUGCCGGCUUCAGGGUCUCCCUCUCCCAUGCCUGUAAGAACGCCGUGAAGACUGACGCCCCCACCUCUGCUCUCUGGGACAUCAUGCGCUGCUGGGAGAAGGAGUGCCCAGUAAAGCGGGAGCGGCUGUCAGAGACCAGCCCAGCAUUCCGCAUCCUCAGCGUGGAGCCCAGUCUGCAGGCCAACUUCACCAUCCGGGAAGAUGCCAACCCCAGUUCCCGCCAGCGAGGACUCAAGCGCUUCCAGGUCAACCCUGAGGCCAACUGGGGCCCCCGGCCUCGUGCCCGGCCAGGGGGCAAAGCCGCAGGCGUGGCCAUGGGGGAGAAGUGUAAACUGUUGCAGAAUAAGCGCAAGGAGCUGGCCGAGGACCCGGCCCAGCGUGCUGCCCGGCUCAAGACAUUUCCCUGCAAGAGGUUUAAGGAGGGCACCUGUCAACAUGGGGAACAGUGCUGCUAUUCUCACAGCUCCCCGACCCCCAGUCCUGCCACCGAUGCUGCCCCCAUGGACUGCCUGGAGACCUGGCCUGGGGCCACCGCUGGACCAGGCAUAGACUGA